ACAAACAUCCACACGCUAGGGGGCGCAAGCGUUCCUCAAAUGUUGUUGCUUUUCAGUAGAAGAAGAAAGGCGGCAGUAGUUUGUCAUGCGCAUGGCGCUAACCGAACAACAAUCUAUUUUAAUUUUAAAACCGGGUUUUAUUUAGUUUAGAACGAACCUUUAGCAGUAGUUUUAUCUUCAGUCAAAGAUAUUUAAGGAUGGAGGCUGAUCUGUAUGAUGAGUUUGGGAACUACAUCGGUCCGGAGCUGGAUUCUGAUGAUGAUGAAGAUGACGUGGAGGCAGAUGACAGAGAUCUAGAUGAGCGUGAUGAAGACGAUGACGAUGAGCCUGCAGACGCCGAUGAUGAUGCUCCAGGGAUGGAGGUGGUCCUCCAUGAGGAUAAGAAGUAUUAUCCGACUGCUGAAGAGGUUUAUGGGCCCGAGGUGGAAACUAUUGUCCAGGAGGAAGACACACAACCCCUAACAGGUUGCCGAUCCAGUCGUGACGUUCUGUGAAACAGUCGUGGAGACGUCGUCUCUGAAGUGUUUCGCCGAGACGCCCAACAAAAAGAACAAGAUCACCAUGAUUGCAGAGCCCUUGGAGAAGGGACUCGCCGAGGACAUCGAGAACGAAGUGGUGCAGAUCACGUGGAACAGGAAGAAGCUGGGCGAGUUUUUCCAGACGAAGUACGACUGGGAUCUGCUGGCCGCCAGGUCCAUCUGGGCCUUUGGACCGGACACGACAGGACCCAACAUUCUGGUGGACGACACGCUGCCGUCAGAGGUGGACAAGGCGCUGCUGGGCUCGGUUAAAGACAGCAUCGUUCAGGGGUUUCAGUGGGGAACCAGGGAGGGCCCUCUGUGUGACGAACCCAUCAGGAACGUCAAGUUUAAGAUCCUGGACGCUGUGAUCGCUCAGGAGCCUCUGCACCGAGGAGGAGGUCAGGUCAUCCCCACCGCCAGGAGGGUGGUGUACUCUGCCUUCCUCAUGGCGACGCCGAGGCUGAUGGAGCCGUACUACUUUGUGGAGGUUCAGGCUCCAGCCGACUGCGUUUCUGCAGUCUACACAGUGUUGGCCCGAAGAAGGGGCCACGUCACCCAAGAUGCUCCGAUUCCUGGCUCCCCUCUUUACACCAUCAAGGCUUUCAUUCCCGCCAUCGACUCGUUCGGCUUUGAGACGGACCUCCGCACUCACACGCAGGGCCAGGCCUUUGCUCUGUCUGUGUUCCACCACUGGCAGAUCGUACCCGGAGACCCUCUGGACAAGAGUAUCGUGAUCCGGCCUCUGGAGCCUCAGCCUGCCCCCCAUCUGGCCCGAGAGUUCAUGAUCAAGACCCGAAGACGCAAGGGUCUAAGUGAAGAUGUGAGUAUCAGUAAGUUCUUUGACGACCCCAUGUUGUUGGAGCUGGCCAAGCAAGACGUGGUUCUCAACUACCCCAUGUGAGAUCCCAACCGCCCCCCACCUGGACGCGAGGAUCUGGAGGAAAAACAUCUCCACGAACAGCAGCAUCUUCUCAUUUGUUUCUUCUAUUUUUAUAUGUACAAAUUAUUUUUUUUUUGUAGUAAAACCUUUGAAUUGAAACAUUUUUGGAUGUUUGAUGUGUCUGAAUAAAAGAUCAAAAAUCAAA